GACGUUGGCCGCGACGACUCCACCGCGACCGGUGCCGAGACCGCGCCUUACAAGACUCUGCUGCAGGCCUUUGUCAACCACGAGGGCACAGCCGAGGGUAUUCAAUACUUCACCCGCAAGUCGCAAACCGAUGCCGCUGGCGAGAACGUCGACCCCGCUGCUAAGUUGGAAUGGAAGGCUGCCACCAAGUCCGCCCUGAAGAAGGCCACCAACCUUUGGGAGCAGCGCAAGAAGAAGGCCGCUAAGGAGCACGAUCUGGCCAUUCGGGAGAAGGCCGAGGCUGAUAAGCGUCAGGCUGUUCUGGAGGAGGCGAAGAAGGUCAUCAUUGAGGAGGAUGCUUCGCUCCCUAAGCCCGUCCGCAUUCGUCUGGACAACACCGACCCUGCCGUCGUUAAGCUGAGCACUCCCGAGUCCGAUGCACCAGGCACUCGUGUCCGCGUUUGCGGCCGUGUUCACCGCAUGCGCGCGCAGAAGGACUACGUCUUCAUUACCCUGGUUGACGGCUACGGAUACCUCCAGUGUAUUCUGACCGGUGACAUGGUCAAGACCUACGAUAUUAUGACUCUGACCCUGGAGACCUCCAUGAUCAUCCACGGUGAGAUGCGCGCUGUCCCUCCUAAGCAGCACGCUCCCAACGACCGUGAGCUGCACGCCGACUUCUUCACCAUCAUCGGCAAGGCCGCUGGUGACAAGGAAGCCAUCACCACCCGCGUGGCGAAGGACGCUGACCCCCAGACCCUUUAUGACAACCGCCACCUGGUGCUGCGUGGUGAGACCUCUUCCUCCGUGAUGAAGGUCCGCGCCGCCUGUCUGCGGGCCUUCCGCAAGACCUUCGAGUCUACCCGCAUGCUGGAGGUGACUCCUCCUGCCAUGGUGCAGACCCAGGUCGAGGGUGGUAGCACCCUGUUCGGUUUCGACUACUACGGCGAGAACGCCUACCUUACCCAGUCAUCACAGCUCUACCUGGAGACCUGUCUCCCCUCUCUGGGUGACGUCUACUGUGUGUGCCCAUCAUUCCGUGCCGAGAAGUCUCUGACCCGUCGUCACUUGUCCGAGUACACUCACAUCGAAGCCGAGCUGGACUUCAUCACCUUCACCGACCUGCUCGACCACCUUGAGGAGGUUAUCUGCAAGGUCAUCGACUACACUCUUGCUGAGCCCGAGAUUGCUGGUUACAUUAAGAAGCUCAACCCUGACUUCAAGCCUCCUUCUCGUCCUUUCCGUCGCAUGAAGUACUCCGACGCCAUUCAGUGGCUGGUCGAGCACGACAUUCCCAACGAGGAGGGUGAGCCCCACAAGUUUGGUGAUGAUAUUGCUGAGGCUGCGGAGCGUAAGAUGACCGAUAUCAUCAACCAGCCCAUUUUCCUGACUCACUUCCCUGCUGAGAUCAAGGCCUUCUACAUGAAGAAGGACCCUGAAGAUCGUCGCGUCACUGAGAGUGUGGAUGUUCUCAUGCCCGGUGUCGGUGAGAUUGUCGGUGGAAGUAUGAGAAUGGACAACUGGGAUGAGUUGAUGGCCGCUUACAAGCAUGAGGGUAUGGAUCCUAAGCCAUACUACUGGUACACUGACCAGCGCAAGUAUGGUACCUCCCCUCACGGUGGAUAUGGACUGGGUCUGGAGCGUUUCCUCGCUUGGUUGUGUGCUCGCUACACUGUCCGUGAUUGUUCGCUGUACCCUCGUUUCACAGGCCGUUGCACUCCUUAA